GCAGGCCGGGGCUCCGGAUUGGCUGGGAACAGAGCUCGCCCAGGAGCUCCACGUUGCCCAGGGCGCAGCCUCCCUCGCUCGCGGCCCGCAAGUCCCCGCCGGCGCCGCUGGGCGUGUGCGCACGCGCGGCCCGGGCGCCCGGCUUGCUGGCCGUGCCCGCAGAGCGCAUGGGCGGACUAACUGUACGUCGGUUUGUCCCGACGGGAGGGCAGCGUGGGCGCCAUCUUCCUCGGGGCCGACGAGGAGCGUCCGGCCCCCGCGGGUGUGGUGUGUGCUCGCUGCCCGGGGCGAAGCGCCCGUCCUCGGGGCGCCGGGCGGGGCGGCGGGGACGCGCAGGACGGGCGGGCGGGGCUCCGGGCGCGGCGGCGGCGGCGGCGGCGCGCUCCCUGACCGGCCCCUCCCGGCAGCCCGCGAGUGCGGGUGUGCGGAGACCCCGGAGCGUCGCUUAGGUAUUCCUUCUCCCUGCGGGGCCGAGUCGGGCGCGGAGAGGCCCCGCAGGCCCGCUGGGCUCGGGCUGCAGGGCCGCAGGGCGGUUCCGUGAGGUCGGGCGCCCGCUGCGCUCGGGCGAGCUGGGGUGGAGCGUUUGCCCCGGGAACCCGGAGCGCCGAGGCACGUUGGUUGGGCGGUCCUGGUUAACGUGAAAGCCGUUGGGGCUCCAAGCCUGGGGACAGCGUCAGACCCGACCUAGCAAGGUGGCCUGGCGCUAAAAGAAGGAGGCCCCGAUCCUCGGGAGCGUCGGGCUGUGGAAGCGAUGUCUUCGGAGGAUUCCCCAUUGAUAAUGGUGGAUGACGUGGGAAGUGUGUGUCCUGGAAUCGUCCUCACUUAACAGUUCCUGACCCGGGACUAUGGCUCUGUCUGGUCAUGCAUUUUUUUUUUUUUUUUUUAUUUUAAACAUCCACAUUAUUAAAGGCAGAUUUUUAUCAUAGAGUAUUUGUGGACUGGGGUAGAUUUUCUGCAAGGAAAGUUUAUGUUUAGGAUUUUAGUCGUUCUUCAUUCUGGGCAGUAAGGUAUAGUUGGAGGCAUAUAGUAAAACUUUUGUCUCUCGUACAAAAAGGUCUGGACUCUGUUAGUUAAAAUCAAGUGGGUCAGAAAUUAUAGCUCUUAAGUUUAGUCUCCCGUUUUUCUCUGACUCUUGAUUAAAAGAUUCCCCACUUAAGACCAUUUAAUUAAGUUGAUGAUUUAAAUGUAAGGAUGGUGUGGUAAAAUUAGCAAGGUUGUUUAAAAUGUGUUUAUCAUUAGAUGGAUUUUUAGGGAUACCCUCUCUUCUCAUAGCAGCUCAUUGUGGCAUGACAUCAACACUGUCGCUAAUCGCUUUGGUAUUCGUAACUGAAACAGGGCUAUUUUGUGUUUUGCUCUUGUGCAGUGGCAUUCAAAACUAGAUAAGGACAAUUUGUGUUUUGACUUUGGUGCAAUCUAAUGCGUCAGUAGACUUUCUGGAGAUGGUAAGGAAAAUAGUGUAUUGUGAGAAAUACUUCGGGUCUCUCAGCUGUUCAAGAUGUUACCAUCUGGGUCAAUGACACCUUACCCUACUACGGCAAGGGCACAAAAGUUUAAACAUUAACUUUUAUUUGGCAAAUUAGAACAAACUUUAGGUCUCUUGGUUUGGAAUUCGAUAGCUUUGUGCCUGUGAAACUGAUUAAUGAAGGUGGUUUUAGUUAAGAUGGGUAAGACAAAGUGGUUUUUAAGCUAGGAUGUGUUGUGAGGACAUUUUGAACUUGUUAAGUUGCUUUUACAGAAUUAACAGGUCUCCAAGAAAUAAAAGGAAAAGGUCAUUAUUGCUGUGGUUUGAGUUCAGCAUGGCUGUAGUCAUCCGUUUACUGGGGCUUCCUUUUAUUGCGGGGCCUUUGGAGAUCCGUCACUUCUUCAAGGGAUUGAGUAUUCCUGAUGGAGGAGUGCAUAUAAUUGGAGGGAAAGUGGGGGAGGCUUUUGUCAUGUUCGCAACAGAUGAAGAUGCAAGGCGUGCCAUAAGUCGCUCAGGAGGGUUUAUCAAGGACUCUUCUGUAGAGCUUUUUCUUAGUAGCAAGGUAGAAAUGCGGAAGACGAUAGAAAUGCAAAGAACUGCUCAUGUAGGAAGAGGGCGCCUGCGAUCUGGGGCACCAGGGGUUGGCAGCCUUUACCAUUGUAUUGGUGCUUUGAAGGAAGAGGGAAGUUAUUCUGGAUAUGGCUCUUCAGUUAACCAAGAUUCUGGGUUUCAUGCUAAUGGUACAGGACUUGAUUUAAGGCCAAGAAAGACCAGGCCAUCAAAGGCUGAGAAUCCUUACUUGUUUCUACGAGGUUUGCCUUACUUAGUAAAUGAAGAUGAUGUACGUGUCUUUUUCUCUGGUUUGUGUGUGGAUGGAGUAAUUUUCUUGAAACAUCAUGAUGGCCGAAAUAAUGGUGAUGCGAUAGUAAAAUUUGCUUCAUGUAUUGAUGCUUCAGGAGGUCUUAAGUGCCAUAGAAGUUUCAUGGGUUCAAGAUUUAUAGAAGUCAUGCAGGGCUCAGAAGAACAGUGGAUUGAACUUGGUGGUAAUGCAGCCAAGGGUGGUGACAUUCCUCGAAUGAGAGCUGAAGAACAUUCUCCUUCAAGAAGGAUCAGUGAUAGACAGCUGCGGAAACGGUCUCAUUCAAAAUCUCCUAGAACACGCUCUCGCUCUCCUCUUGGAUUUUAUGUUCACUUAAAAAAUCUGUCUUUAAAUAUUAACAAAAGAGAUUUAAGAAAUCUUUUUAGAGAUACUGACCUGACUAAUGAACAGAUUAAAUUUUUAUAUAAAGAUGAACGAAGAACACGGUAUGCCUUUGUGAUGUUUAAAAAUCUAAAAGACUAUAAUACUGCCCUGGGUUUGCAUAAGACUGUUUUACAGUAUCGUCCCGUUCUUAUUGAUCCAAUUUCUAGAAAGGAAAUGAUGAAAUUCAUCGAAUGCUAUGAAAAGAAGAGACCAGGGUCUGUAGAGAGAGAGAGGCCUGGGCGUGUUUCACAGAAGUACACUGAAGAAGGCUACUCUGGUCGGAAGCUGUGCAUAUAUAUACGAAAUUUUCCAUUCGAUGUUACAAAAGCUGAAGUACAGAAGUUCUUUGCAGACUUCUCUCUUGUUGAGGAUGACAUUUAUUUGCUCUAUGAUGACAAGGGAGUUGGUUUGGGAGAAGCACUGGUGAGAUUUAAAUCAGAAGAACAGGCCAUGAAAGCCGAACGUUUAAACCGACGAAGAUUCUUAGGUACGGAGGUGUUGUUAAGACUUAUAUCUGAGGUACAAAUGCAGGAGUUUGGUGUGAAGUUUUCCUUCAUGUCCAAUGAGAAGACACAAGCCCGUUCCCAGUCACAUGAUGGAGAUGACCAUUCCCAUCUGUUUGACUUAAAAGAUCCACAGGUAUGUUCGUUUAGCCCAUCUGAAAGCGUUCAUUAUCAGCCAAAAGAUGUAAAGAAAAUGGGUAAUUUCAAGCAUCCCCUCAAGUAUUUCCAGCAGCCUGACAGACACCCUCCAGCAGACUUCCGCCUCUCCCCUGAGGACUUCAGGGUCCCCCCAGAAGACUACAGGCUCCCCCGGGGGGAACACGGCAGGCGCUCCAGGGAGGAAGACUGGAGACGGUCUCUUGAGGAUUGGAAAUGGCCACCGGAAGAUGAUUUCAGGCAGUCGUAUGAAAAAGAUCUUAGGCAUCCACCAGAGGAAGAUUUCAGUUGCCCAUGGGAGGAGGACUUCAGACGACCACCACAGGAGCACUUCAGGAGGUCACCCCAGGAGCACCUCAGAAGGCCACCCCAGGAACAUUUCAGGCAUUCCCGAGAAGAUCAUUUCAGGCAUAUGGCGGAUGGAGACUUGAGGCACUGUUCUGAGGAGGACUUUAGGGCCUCCCAAGAAGAUCUGAGAGGUCCCACUGAUGAGGACUUGAGGCAGCUUUCUGUGGGAGACCUCAGGGAGGCCCCAGAGGAGGACCUUAGACGUCCUGAUCAUCUUAGACCUCCCGGAGAGGAUCUUUGGACCACAUCUGAUUUCAGGGGUCACCAUCCUUUUGUGAACUUUGGUCACCUAGAAGGUGGAAAGUUUGAUCUUGGAAAGUAUAAUAUGGGAAGUUUUCCUGAGGGAAAAUUUAUGCCUGAUCUAAAAUUAAAUUGUGGUUCAGGUAGAAUAACUCCUAUUAAGAUCAUGAAUCUUCCAUUUAAAGCUAAUGCUAAUGAAAUUUUAGACUUUUUCCAUGGUUAUAAAGUCAUACCUGAUUCAGUUUCAAUACAGUAUAAUGAGCAAGGAUUACCUAUAGGAGAAGCCAUUGUUGCUAUGAUAAAUUAUAAUGAAGCUAUAGCUGCUAUUAAAGAUCUAAAUGGUAGACCAGUUGGUCCCCGCAAAGUUAAGCUCAGUUUGCUUUAGAGAGCCUUUGUAAGUCCAUAGUUUUCCCCACAGUAUUGAUGCCAUGAAGAUACAGUUUUUAUUAUGUUUAAUUAUCUAAUUAAAAAUUUUAAUUUUGACCUGUGACUAGGAAAAAUGUGUUAUAUAAAUCUGGGUUUUCUCUAGCUUACAAAUGAACAUUCUUUCCCCCCCCCCCCCCAAUUUAAAAUCAUAUAUGCUGUUUUCUUUGAUAGGGGAGAGAACAAGUUUCCUGAAUUAUUUACUUUCAUUGAUGUUAUGGAUAAACUUCAGAGACUUGUAAAAAGUGGAGUUAUGUUUGGGAAAGUAAAUUAUCUUUGAUUGUUUUUUUUUUUAAUAUCUUUUACUCAGACUGUAUAAGGAAAUGAUGGAUGACUGAUCCAGGUUUGCCACAGUUAUUGCUGCUUGCCUGCAGAAUUCCAAUUUGUCUGAGAUAUUGUGUUAAGAUAUAUAUACCCUAUAUAGCUCAGAAAAAUAAACAUACUGUGUGAACUUGAAAUUUACUUAUGUGAAAGGCUUAGGAAGUUCUCAAAAUUUGUGUUCAUAACAUUGAAAAGUUUUAUAAAAAUAAAAUAUCAACUGAAAUACUUA